UAUUGUUCUCUGUGUUCCACUUGUUGUUGUUGCUGUUGCUGCUUUGGUGUCAAGCCAGAAGGAAGGAAAAUAUGCUUUCACUUGUUCGCACGCGUAUGCAGUCGAUGAGGAGGGUGGGCACGCCUUUGGUGAAAUCUCUCCAGCAUAACCAGAAUUCCAACCAAGUGGGAGGGGGGUUGUUCGAUGCCUGGGUGGGUGGAGGAGAUUGUGUGGGAAGGGCACAAAGUGGUGGCGGCGGCGGAGGUGGUGGCGCUCUGUUGCCAUUGAUCUUCUGUCGUUGGGCAACAAAAAAGGCCGCUGGGUCUACGCAAAAUGGUAGAGACUCGCAGCCCAAGAAUUUGGGUGUGAAGUUGUUUGGCGGUCAGAAGGCGAUUCCUGGGAACAUCAUUGUGCGGCAGCGGGGGACGAGGUUCCAUCCGGGCGACUUCGUUGGGAUUGGUCGCGACCACACCCUCUUUGCUCUUGCCGAGGGACGCGUCCGCUUUCAGACCAACAAGCUCACAGGGCGAAAGUUUGUCCACGUCAAUCCCACCGGAGGACCGCCGUUGCAUCCGGAAUUCGCCGACCUACAGCCAUCGACGAUGGCGGCGGCAGCUGAAGGGGAUAACUCUGCUGGGACGGUGAUCAAAACAACUCAGAAAAGAAACAGAUUUAGGAAGAAGUGAUGAGGAACAUACGUUGAAAAGGGAAGAAACGACAUGGGUUGCAGUGUGAAGAGGAAAGAAGAACUUGGGAGAGCUUUGCAAGGAGUAACGAAUGGUCUCCUUCUUUCCCUCGAUGGUGUCAUGAAGAAGAUGAGAGAUACAGUGCCUCGAUGCUGUGCAGCGUGAUUAUAACGAACGAUAAGUGUGCAGGGCAGCACAGCAGGAGAGGCUCGCGAGCUCGAGGCUGAGCAGAUCGAGUGAGGUUUGCAAGCACAACCCAGCGGCGUCCUUCUUUUCCUCAAUGGUGUCAGGAAGAUGAGAGAUACAGUGCCUCGAUGAAGUUAGCUUCAUUAUUUAUAACAAGGGGGGUUAAGUGUGCACGGCAACACAGCAGG